AUGCGCGUCGAACCUACAUACAUCCACGCGUUAAAGUUGAAAGACCUUCCCCAAGGAGUCUUGAAACUCGAGGCAUACGAUGACCGGGUGGAUGAGGCUCCUCGUUACCCAACUGUGGUGCAGGGGCAUCGAAACAAUAUGCAGACGUUCAAGAACUGUGUUGUCUUGACCCGAGUCGGGGGCUUCUAUGAGCUUUAUUUUGAACAAGCAGAGGAGCUGGCACCAUUGCUCAAUCUCAAGCUCGCGACCAAAAAGACCAACGGCGGGCCAGUCCCGAUGGCUGGCUUCCCCUUUUUCCAGCUCGAUCGUUUUCUCAAAACCCUCGUCGGAGAUCUCAAUAAGUAUGUGGCUAUCAGCGAAGAGUUCGCCAUAAAUGCAGAGGACAAGGCACGCACAGGAGGCCUCCUGUUUGAUCGGAAGGUUGCUAGGAUCAUCACACCUGGCACGCUGAUUGAUGAGAAGUUCAUUGAUCCCUCCGAGCAUAAUUUUCUGUUGGCCAUAUACUUGGAUGUCCCGUCUUUGCAAUCGCAAUUGAAGCAACACGUUGACAACGAUCUCCAAUCAUCUCAUCAGCAUGUAUUGUCUUCUGUGCCCCAACAAGUAGGAUUAUCAUGGCUUGACCUCUCAACUGGUGAUUUCUUCACUCAGCUUACAACGACUCAAAUGCUUCCGUCUGCGAUUGCUCGGAUUGGAGCUCGUGAGAUUCUGGUAGAUCAGAAUGUGCAAGAUCUUAUUGGGCAUGAACUGCAAAUGCUUGUUGGACACGACCAUCGCCUUGUCACCUUCUUCCAAUACCCCGGAGUAUUCAAACCGGUAUCUGAAUGGGGGCCAAUGUUAGAGUCUCCUGUUCCUGAAGAUACUCGCGGCUCAUUCACACCGGAGGAAGUAGCAGCUGGGUACAGCCUGCUCGAGUACACUCGCGUGCAGUUGCAAGGAUCGAAUAUCAAGCUGCAGCCUCCAAUUCGAAGACAUUUGAAUGAAUCAAUGAGCAUUGAUCGUAAUAGUCUGAGUGGUCUUGAGAUUAUAGAAACAGCGAGAGACGGGUUUGGGAAAGGAAGUCUCCUGCACGCUGUGCGGAGGACUUCUACAAAAAGUGGCGCACGGCUUUUACGAGACCGACUCACCUCCCCAUCUACCUCCUUACAAGUCAUCAAUGAGCGUCUCGACCUUGUGUCGGUCUUCAUAGAACACGUGGAGCUCCGUGACAGCAUCAUCCAACUUUUGAAGCGCAGUCAUGAUUCUCAGCGUCUGGUCCAGAAAUUCGCUUUUGGAAAAGGAGACCCGGAUGACUUAAUUUGUCUUUCUCGCGCCAUUGAGGCCUCUAAAGAAGUCAGACAAGUUCUUCUAGAUCACAAUAGACUUUUGGUCUCAUCCAGCGCUUCAGAUUUGAAUCACAGUCUUGCUAUUAUGAUCUCGCGGCUUUUUCUCGAUGGUCCCAUCGCGCUGGCGGAUCAAAUUCUUGCGGCCAUUGAUGAAGAAGGAUUGUUACAAAAGCAACGCAUCGAGGAUAGUACCGCCGCAGAGGCAGCUAGUCUGGCUCAAAAGGUUACUAUGGAUGAAGCCACAUCCAGCGAGCUUGUAGCACUGCCGAAAAAGAUUAGAGCGAAGAAGGGCGAGCGAACAGUUGUGGCUGAUACAGACUCCGGUCCCCUCGAUACCUGGAUUAUGAGGCGUGAUGCAAGUACGACUUUAAAUGGACUCCAUGCGGAACUUGAACGGUUGGGCGAUGAAAAGACUUCGUUGACUCAACGUCUCCGUGAUUCGGUUGAUUCGUCAGCUCUCAGCCUUAAAUGGACACCAGGGUUAGGCCACAUCUGCCAUGUUAAAGGGGCAAAGAUAUCCCAAAAAUCCCUGGAAGACCUGGGGGUCACUCGAAAUGUCUCAUCGACCAAAUCUACCCGGUCAUUCUAUCUACCAGCCUGGACAGAGCUGGGGGUCAAAAUGGACCAUGUGAAGAUUCGGAUCCGUCAAGAGGAGCAAACCAUCUUUGAACGUCUACGUCGUGAGGUGAUCCUGAACCUUGUCAAGAUUCGCCGAAACGCAGCAGUCAUGGAUGAGUUGGAUGUGGCGUGUUCAUUUGCAACUCUCGCCCAGGAACAGCAAAUGGUACGACCAAUUCUCAACGACGGUACUUGUCAUAAAAUUGUCGGUGGAAGACAUCCCACGGUCAAACUGGGCUUAGAGGAGCAAGGGCGGUCGUUCGUGAGCAACGAUUGCUUCCUGGGCGAUUCCGAGCGGAUCUGGCUCAUUACUGGCCCCAACAUGGCAGGUAAAAGUACCUUUUUGCGACAAAACGCUUUAAUCACAAUCCUCGCGCAAGUCGGAUCUUUCGUACCCGCAGCUUAUGCCGAGAUCGGUAUCGUCGAUCAGAUCUUCAGUCGAAUUGGUGCAGCGGAUGACCUCUUCCGUGACCAGUCGACGUUCAUGGUGGAGAUGUUGGAAACAGCUACCAUCCUCAAACAAGCCACGCCCAAGUCAUUUGUGAUUAUGGAUGAAGUGGGCCGAGGUACAACCCCCGAAGAUGGCACAGCUGUUAGCUUUGCAUGUCUGCAUCAUUUACACAACCACAACCAGUCUCGGGUGCUUUUUGCUACUCAUUUCCAUGCCCUUGCGGAUAUGACAGAGGACUUUGACAAACUGGCGAGAUACUGCACGGAUGUGAAAGACAUGGCUUCGGGUGCCUUCUCUUUCGUCCACCGGCUGCGGAAAGGUGUCAAUCGCCAGUCUCAUGCUCUAAAGGUUGCUCAACUGGCUGGUUUGCCCAAAGAAACCCUUGAGCUGGCUACGCGGGUCCGCCAGAAAAUGAGAGAUGAAAUUCCACCUCGAGUUGCUGAUGAAGACCAACCCUCGCCUCGGCGUACUUGA